GAUAAAGUUAAAGCAGGCAGAUGAUUUUGAUGAGUUGCAUGUUAGAGAAGAGCAGUUGUCUGCUGAAGUUGAGUCGGUUUCAGUGGAUCAGAUUUCCAAUCAGGGGAAAUCUUCGAUGGAAAUAGGUAUUACUGGCGACAAAACGAGCCAAAUUAGAAAGUUUGUGGAGGAUUAUGCACGAUCCGAAAGUAAAGAUGAUUUGGUGUUCUCGCCUGACUAUACUAAAGAGGAGAGGGCAUUGAUUCAUGAACAUGCAAAGGAAUUCGGCCUGAAGAGUCGGAGCAAGGGAAAGGCAAACCGUUUCAUCACCCUUAGUAAGAACGAUCCAGACAUGGCAUCACAGUUUCAGGUUAAUAAAUAUCGAGACCCAGACGAAUGUGCUCAAGCUUGGAGACUUCGAAGGCGCUUUCUCGUAGCUCACCAUGACAAAUUUCCAGAAGCCCGUCUGAUUUGUCUAGCCAAGUGUUUUGUUAAUGUGGAGAUGGAUGGUUGCAGGUAUCCCGACCCGGUUAUGAUCCAGCUGAAGGAGCUCUCCAAAGAUUUUCCCAAACUGGCAAAAGAAAAAAAGGAGAGAGUUAAGAUGAAAUAUACAACAAUGGGUUUUGUGAAAGCAUCAGACUCUGAUACUGUAGAGCCAGUGGUAAAGAAAUCCUUGUCAGAUACUGUAAUAGAACCCCUGGCUGAGUCUGUGAUGGAACUUGCUGAAUCAAUAAAAUGUGGUUCACAUCACUCAAGCAUAGAAUCUCAGAUGGGAUUUGUCAAAUCUGAGGACACGUACACGAGCAAUAACAUUCAAGUCCCUGUGGCUCAAAAUCAGUAUGGGGCCAGUAUACUGGAGCCCCUUUGUAGCAUGAAAGAACCCCCCAAACUGAGCAAGAAGAAAUGCAAAAAGGGUCAAACAACUGCUGAAAUGACUCUACAAAUAUUUCCUGUACAAGCACAGACAUCAGCUCCUGUUAAUGAUGAUGCAAAUGACCAAACAUUUGCUGCACUUCGACAUCAGAUUAAGCAAAAGUCAAUGGAGAUCAACCCAAUUUCGCUAAUGAAUAUGGUAAUACAUAAAGUCAAGAUGACUAUUCAGUCCAGCAUCGAUGCCAAAGAGGUCGAUGGUGCCACCAUGUUUGAAUGCAGGGUCAGUAUUGACUUCAUUCACAUUGCAUCUGCUGUGGACCGAAGUAAGAAGACGGCAAAGAAAGCUGCAUUUGAGAAUGUGAUUGAGACAAUUCUGAAACCAUACCACAUGAUUUCUGUAAAUGAAGAUAACUCUCAAGAACUACUUGCAUCUGACACUCCUGUCUUGGAGGAGGACGAACAGGAGGAGCCUGAAGUGAACGAGAUACCGAUGUUGCCAGAAGGGGAAACCUGGUAUGAGUCCAAUGGUGGAGGUCUUAAAGGUGUAAGGUUCAAAAGUUACAACAAAAAAAAGAGACCACAGUUAGGAGAUGAUGCUAGAAACUUGGAUGAGUUAAUUAUAGUGCAGGAUGCUAUGAACAAUAGGGCUGUACAGCAUCCUAGUUCAGUAUUGAGGCAAAGUGCAGAUUUUAGUAAGAUGCUACUUGAGUUUGAGUUUGUCCGGAACAAAGAUGGUGUGUCGUGUCGUGUGAGUCUAGAAGGCCAGCCGUUGGUUGAGUGUACAGCUAGGACAAAUAUCAUUGCCAAGAAUGAAGCAAGUGCAAAUGCUAUUGACUUAUUAAGGAAAAUGUGCUGGACAAUGAAAUUCAAGCAGGCGGCUGAUUCCGAUGAGAUGAGACUGAGUAAGGAGGAGGUGUUUGGUGAUGUUGAGAAGUCCAUGUGUGAGAUACCUGACAGUAACAUCGGCAACAAGCUGUUGCGGAAGAUGGGCUGGGUGGGUGGUGGGAUGGGGAAGGAUGGGACUGGGCGGGCUGAGCCUGUUUCAGUGGAGCAGGUUAUAAACCGGGCAGGGAUCGGACAUUCAAAAGAAAAGGGGAUUACUGGCGACAUGAUGAGUCGAAUUAGGAACUGUGUUGAGAAUUAUGCAAGGUCUGACAACUGUGGGGAUUUGGUAUUCUCAUCUGACUUUACUAAAGAGGAGAGGGCGUUGAUCCAUCAGCAUGCAAAGAGGUUCCGCUUGAAGAGCCGGAGCAGGGGAUCCAAUGCAAAUCGUUACAUCAUUGUUAGUCGGAAAAGGACAUCAGGUGAACUUUUCGAACAUAUCAUGUCUCAAGGAGGCUCUACAUCUAAAUACGAACUUGUGCCACCUCAGCGUUAAUAGUUACGUGAAUGUGUGGAGCAUGUCCAUACAGAUUUGUCCCACUUAAACCAUGAAAGUGUUACCUGAAUAUUUUGAUUGAACUUGUACAGCCUCAUCAUGAAAUAUAUGUGAACAUGUUGACAUGAACUUCUAAACAUUGACAGUUACUUGAAUGUGACAUAGGACCCAUUUCUUGAAACCAUUUGUGGAUUCAUUUAUGACUUUCUACUUAAUUCUUGGGUGUAUUAUUAAAAUGCCAAACUUGC